AUGAAAGUGACGGCGUUAUCGGUGUGGAAAUGGCGCGGGCAAAAUACGGACCCGAUAUGUUUAGGCAAAGCGGAAGACGUGGAAGAAUUCGGCUAUUUCCAACGAGCCUCGGUGCGGGAGAUGCUCACGUUUAUAUCGAAAACGAUAGUCGCGAGAACGCAACCAGGACAGAGACAAUCGGUAGAACAGGAUCAAUAUUUAGUGCACGUGAUUAAUAGGAACGGUUUGGCGGCGAUAGCGGUGAUGGAUAAGGAAUAUCCGUCUCGAUCGGCGUUUUGUGUGUUACAGAAAAUAUGCGACGAUUAUUGCGACACGUUUGGUCAAGAGCAGUGGAAAACGCUCACCGAGGACGAUGUGAAAGGGAACGAAAUUAUGGAAGACGCGAUAGUGAAGUACCAAGAUCCCAUGGCGGCAGAUAAGAUUCUAAAGAUUCAAAGAGAGUUGGACGAUACUAAAGUUGUUUUGCACAAAACUAUAGACAGCGUGUUGGCGAGAGGAGAGAAGUUGGAUAAUCUCGUCGAUAAGAGCACCGAUUUGUCGUUAGCGAGUCAGAUGUUUUAUAAGCAAGCGAGGAAGCAAAAUCAGUGCUGUAACUUGAUGUAG